AUGGAACUACUAAACGCAUCUUCGACCGCAUUGGAACUCUACUGCUCUUCGAGUUUGACAACAGCCUACUGUGUAAGUUUUCUUGUGUUUGACGCCGUGCUAUUUCUGGGUAUAACAAUUGGGAAUACUUUAGUGGUGCUGUCCGUUGUACUGUUCUCAAACAUGCGCUCAUCAACGACUAAUAUUUUUCUGGCGAGCCUGGCCGUUGCAGACUUGUCUGUUGCGUUUCUAUGCAUCCCAAUCGACGUGAUGCUAGCCCUGGGCGUGGUGGGUGAUGUCUCCCCUCUAGUCUGUCUGAUUGGGAGUCAACUAACCAGCGUGUCGUUUGCGGUGUCCGCGAACCACCUCGUGGUCGUAGCGUACGACCGGUUCCUAGCCAUCUCCAGACCGCUGCACUACCCCGGCCACAUGACCACCACCCGGGUCCGAUUCCUCAUCUUUGCGUCGUGGUCGGUCGCCAUCUUGCUCAGUCUGGUCCCGUUCUUUGGUUGGAAUAGCUUAGGUACCUACGAUCUGGGGUACUGCGACCUUCUCUUCAUUCACCCCUUUAGCUACCGGUGCACAGCGGUCGUCUUUCUAGCAUUCGUCCCGUUCACAAUGAUGGGGUACUUCUACUGGAGGAUUUUCAAAGUUGCUCGCGAGCAGCGACGGCGAAUUCGGGAACAGACCCAAGUCCUCCAUCUUAGUAAGCGGAAACUUGGAUUGGAACUCAAGGCGGCUAAGACGGUUGGGCUCAUCAUGGGGAUAUUCAUCUUGGAAUACACACCCGCCUCACUUGUGUCUUGUGCUGAUGUGGUAUUCACGGUGGAAGAACUCGCAGUAUUCAAGUUAUUCUCGUUUCAUCUUUUAUACAGUAAUUCAGCGGUGAAUCCUAUGAUGUACGCCUUCCGGAGCAAGGAAUUCCGUGGGGGGUUCGUCAAACUUUUACGGACGGUCUUCCCGUGUGGCACCAAACGGGACCAGUAA